AUGGCGAGCGAUAGUCCUCACAGACAGGAGUUUCGCAUCCGCGACCUCUCCACUCGUAGCGUUCUGCUCUUCCCAUCCCGAGCCCAAGUCAUUCGCGACGUCAAGAAUGUCAUUCUCCAGGCCGGCCCAAAUCAGAUCGUGAUUGACGGCCUCACGCCUCUGGUGGAUGAGCACUCCAUCAAGGUGGAAGGCACAGGAUCAGCAACCAUCACGGAUGUCACGGUUGACCUGCUCCCCAAUCGUGAUAUCUUUAAAUCGAUCUACCCUUCCGACAACGAGGAAGACGACAACGAUGACGAUCCAGAGGAAUCGGCUGUCGAAGCUGAGGAGAUGAAGCUGAGCAAAGAGAGGAUCAAGAAACUGAAUGUUCAGCUUUUGGCUGCGCAGGAGAAGAUCGACUCCGCCGCUAAGCGUCUGAAAUUCUGCGAUGGCUUUGGCCGGAGUGUUGAGAAGGAUUGUCCGCCGCCUAGUGAUUUGGAGGCUUGGCUCGAGGCGUACUGCAAGCAGCGGGAGAAGACCUACCGGGACCAUGUGGCUGCUACGGCUGUUGCAGACGACCUUCGGGAUAGGCUUCGGCAGGCGGAGAAGGAGCAGCUGAAGAUCGUCGUGGCACUGGCCAAGGCCAGUAAGAAGGCGACGAGGGAAAAGGCAAAGGAGAGAGAGAAGAAGUUGAGGGCCAAAGCCGAGAUUGGCCUGGCGAAGCGGCGACUCAAAGCGGAGAGGGAAGCCUCCUGGCCCAAGAAGGUCUAUCGCAUCACCAUCAACCUGGAGCCGUCGAGCGUGACCCCAGCAUCGUCCCGUCGCGGCUCCAUCGGCGGCGAUACGAUCGUCAACUUGGCUACUUCGGAGUUCCACGAGCCGUCGACCGAGCCACUCAAGACUGGCGAGAUCUCCCUCUCGCUCUCCUACAUCACCUACGGUGCAUCCUGGGCUCCGAGGUACGACCUCAGUCUCAACACGGUCAAGUGUACCGGCCUCCUGGAGUAUGGUGCCGAGCUCAAGAACACGACUUCCGAGACGUGGCGCGAUGCCAAAGUCAUCCUCUCUACCUCUCAGACCUCAUUCUCUGGUCUCAGCGAGAGCAUCCCAUCACUGCUGCCCUGGCACGUGCGCCUCGAGAAGGGUGCUCGCAACGCUGAUGGGUCUUUGUUCAGCUCCCUCGAACUCCAAGCCAAGAAGAACGAGUACGAUCAGAGCAGAGGGGGAUCAGCCCAGAAGUCGAGAUUGGGGUACUUCGGCCGAGACGACUUUGAGCGUAAUGCUUGGCUAUAUGAGGAGGAGAUACUCCAUGAGAGGAAAAGCUUAGCCGUGAGGCCCUCUUCCGUCAAAAUGAGAUCAGCUGGAUCAAAUAUUUUAGUUCCAAGGGGUACUGGCGGCGCACACAGUAGAUCCAGAGCCACCAGGAGCUCGCAUGAUGCUCACCUCAACCAACAAGAAAGUUACGAGGACAGCGAAUGUGACGACGAGGCCUUUGGCUUCUUCGGUGAGGAAGCAGCACCUGCUCCCCCUUCUCUCACCUUCGAGGAGGGUGCCUGGGAGGAAACCGGCAUGACAACAAGCUACGACGUUCCAGGCUCCAAGACGCUCGCUCCCAACAACUCGAGCAUCAAGCACAAGAUCGCCAAGAUCGAGUUCAAGAACGUCGUCUUCUCCCACGUCGUCGUUGGCAAGCUCCGCCAGGUCGCCUUCCUCAAAGCCCGGCUGCGCAACACCUCUCAGAUUGCUCUGCUCAAGGGACCCCUGGGCCUGACCCUCGACGGUUCCUUCCUCGGCCAGGCCACGCUCCCGCGCUGCUCCCCCGGCGAGCACAUCGUCCUCCCGCUGGGCGUGGAUCCCGCCAUCACCAUCAGCUACCCCAAGCCCACGGUCCGGCGGAGCCAGGCCGGCAUCUUCACCAAGGAAGACACCAACGUGUUCAGCCGCUCCUGCGUCGUCGCCAACACCAAGCACAACGCCGCCGUCGAGCUCACCGUGCUCGACCAGGUCCCCGUCUCGGAGGACGAGCGCCUCAAGAUUGAGAUCACGAGCCCCAAGGGCUUGAAGGUCGCGGGCGACCCCGUCCGCACGGGGGUGAGAUAUCCUGCCGUCGCGGAUCACACCCCGUCUACGUCUACGCAGGGUAGUAGUAGUGGCGUGCGCGGUCGUGGCACCGCAACGGAUGUCCGGGCUGGUGUGUAUGCCUCCAACGCGAGUGAGAACGAGGGACCGAGGUGGGGAACGGCUGUGGCGACGGUGCAGAAGGGUGGUGAGGUCAGCUGGGCGGUCAAGUUGAAUCCGGGACAGGGCGUCAAGCUCCUGUUGGAAUACGAGGCCACCUUUCCGGCUGGAGAGGCCGUCGUGGGGGUCUCGAAGUAG